UUGGCACAGUUUCAGACCAUCUUCUAGUGCGAGUGGAGCUGAGCUGGACCUGUGUGUUAUUCCCGCGGAAAAUUUUGUUUUUUUUUUGAACAUUGACAAUCUGUGUCUGACGUUAUUGAAUAAUAACUCAAGUUAUUUUUUAAAUUAAUUCCAGUGUUUUAAAGACUCAAAUAAUCUCACAUCCAGAAGAUAUUCUUCAUAAUGGAAAAAAGACUUCAGAUCAACUCCUGCUGCAGGUGUUUUUCUUUAAAAACAGGAACACUCUUCUCCGGAGCAUGUGGGAUUAUACUUUCCAUAAUUACAUUAAUUCUCAUAUUUACCUUAAAUAUUGAACUGAAGAUGAUAGUACUUGAUAUUCUUGACAAAACAGUGGUAAGGAUUAUAUUUGCCAUUAAUCUCUGCAUGACGAUAUUGAUUUCAACACUAUUGAUUAUUGGAGCAUUAAAGAAAAAUACUUUUAUGAUGGUACCUUGGGUCGUUCUAGGAAUAAUGUUAGCUGUUGGAGCUUUAGUGAGUGUUUUAUAUACUUCCAUUCAAUACAUGGUAACAAAUAAAGUCAUAACUGGCGUCAUUUGUCUAAUACUUGGCCUAAUUUUCGUUGCUGUGUAUACAUAUCUCUGGUUCGUCGUGUUUAGUUAUUUCCAGCAGUUGAGAAAUGAGAAAAUGAGUGGUAAAAUUGGGCCAUAUGGACGACCAUACAAUUAUCGAAGACCGUAAAUAGAGAAAUAUUGAUAAAUCCGUUGGUACUCUUGUCUAACGGUAUGAAAAAAUUUACCAAAGCCUUGCCACAAGUGCUCCUCGCAAAAAUUCAAUAAUUUAUGCGAGAAGUAAUCUUUUUUGAAACAUUUAUUAAAUCACAUCUGAUAUUUUGUCUUUUGUCAAAAGUAGUCGACGUAAGACUGAUAAUAAUUGACUUUAAAUCAAAAUAACCUUAAAUGAUAAUUGUUAUUUUUAUAUAAAUAAUAUACAUCACGAUAAAAUAUUUAUGUUUUAUAAUAUUAUUGAAAAUUAUUUAUUGAAUGUUUACCAUAAAAAUGACUAAUUGUAAAGUAAUUUCUGUUAAUGUAUAUAUCAAAUUAAUAUAAAUAAUCAUGAGUUUACUCUGCUUUUAUAAUAAUAAGUAUUGUUAUAAAAAUUUAUUUGCAAUUAAAAAUUAAAUUGCAAUAUAACGAAUAGGUUAAUUUUAUAUCACAAAGUGAUGUCACAAUGUCAUGAAAAUUUCAUGCCAAAUCGAAUAAAAGAAGAAAAAAAAUCGCCAAUUCGUUUUCAUAGGAAUUAUUAUGUUUUCAAAUUUGUAAUUGGCUUCUAAUUAAUUAUUACAAGCAUAGUGAUUAGUGAGUAAAGCAUUCCGUCCUAUUAUUCAUCAUUUGGAGUUAAAUAAUUUUCGAUAUAUGCUCUAAUAAAUAAGCCUAAUGCAGCAGCAGCAACUCCAGAUGCAUGACUGUCACAACCAUGGUCCAUGAGACUCGUUGAUUUCUUAGUACGAUAUCGAGAGCGUUGAUUCGGCCUAAGCAAUGCAAAAAAAUGAUUACUCAUUUUUAUAAAAUAAGCAUCAUUAAAAAUGUCGAUAUUGAUUUUUACUUAAAUGCAGAGAAACAUCCAUAAGGACUCCUCCAACUCAUUACAAGAUCGAUGUAAUAAUUAUCAACAAAAUCUAGAUAGCCUUCCAUCCCGCAUAAACUAAAUCUCGAGAUAUUGAUGGAAAAUUGGAUGAAUCUAAAUCAAUCAAAUCCUUAAAAAUCUGCUCACAAUAUUCUUCAAUUAAGGUGGAAAAAUUGACAUAUGAGGGACGUUUACAUUGUCGCUGUAUGAUCCAGAAAUGAAAAGAUUUAAAAAAACCAUUGGAAGAUCUAUGACAGAAUAUUUGAAUACUUACCGCUUUAGCAACCUGGAUCAUCAACAACCGGAGUUCCAUGAAAUAUCAACUCAAGUGUCUCAUAUUCAGGAAUGGUAAUUUUUUCCCUAGGUUUAGUCUUUGUAAAGUGACGUUUCCAAUUAAUUGGAUGAAUCCAAAUGGCAGAAUCUAAAAUCACUUCUAUAACUAUCAAAAAAUAGGGAUUAUAUGCAAAAUGAAGUUUAUGGAAUUAUUGUAAAAAAUAUUUCCUUUUUAUUACUUACGUUUGUUAGAUGGAUAUUUUAAAAGAAGAUUUUUCUUUCCUUGGGUACAAGACGUUUUACAUAAUUUAAAAAGUUGAUCUAAGCGAUAUCGUUGAUCAACGUUGAGAGAUUUGAUGUUAUUAGAUGAUAAAGCAGCAGAUAAGUGUGCUAUAUUAAUUUAAAAUUAUUUAUAAUACUUAAAUAAUAUUAAAUGAAAAUUCAUUGAAUUUAAUAUCUACCUUCUGCUAAUGAUAAACCAAAAAUGGUAUCUAAAUUUGUUUGUUUGGGUCUAUCACUUAAAAACUUUAUAUCUUCGUACAAAACGAAAGUAAUAUUAGCUUUAGUGAAACAGAAAAAUUUUUUGUUAAUAAAAAUAUUAUUUAUAAUUCAUGGAAUAAAAAGGUAUAUAUAAUUAGAGUUAGAAAAAUAAUACAACCAAGAUAGCCGAUAGUAGUAUCUAAGGUAGAACACUUUACACUGUGCAGCAUCAACCAAAGAAGGAAACACUCUUGAAGAAUCAUCUCUAUCAACUGCUUCCUCUCAGUGAAAGCAAUGGAGACUAUCGAGAAAUAAAAGCUACUUAAUAUCAAUACUUGUAUCUCUAGUAAUCCUUAACAUAAAUUUUCUUGAUUUUAUUGAAUUCUCGAAUGUUAAAUAAAUCUCUCAACACAUUUUCA